UUAUCAGCGACAGUAACUAUCUCCAGAUAUACGGGCAGGAAGAGGAACGCUGCAGUCGUCCUGAAGCAGAAAAACAACUUUGGUUUCAUUUAUCUCCGAGCAGUGUGCGCAACUUUUACACAUUAAAGCAAACAGAUAUUUGGAGAGGCUCCGCGGUGCUCCCUGGUCCGUCUCUGUCUGUGUGGAGUGCGCUGUUUUGGACGUCUAAAGGACCGGACUGCUUUAUCACCCGACCGUCCUUAUCUGGACAGGAAUCUCCACGAGUUUCUAUUAGGUCCUCUGUUCAAAAAGGCUCAGGAAAAUUCCUCACGAAAGGCUGGAAGAAUCUUAACGCGUGGACAUCAUCACCUCCACAGGACAAAGACCAGUCUAAAAAAUCCUCCAGAUAUUUUUCCAUAUUCCUAACAGGACAUCAAAUCAGUGAAAAUGUACCAAAGCCUGGCCUUGUCCUCCAACCAGUCCCCUUACGCGCACGACACCGGGAAUUACAUCCAUCCCUCGGCCAGCUCUCCGGUCUACGUCCCCACCACCAGAGUCCCAGCCAUGCUGCCCACCCUGUCCUACCUGCAGACCUGCGACUCUCCCCACCAGUCCCACGGCCUCGGCGGGCACCACGGCUGGCCGCAAACAGGAACAGACGGCUCCUCCUUCACGCCCAGCAGCCCUCACCCGCACCACGGCUUCUCCUACUCGCACAGCCCGCCUGUCAGCACCAACACCGGCCGUGACGCGACCUAUCAGAGCCCCCUGGUUCUCGGUAACGGCGCCCGGGCCGAUCAGUACGGAGGCGCCUUGGUGCGCUCGGUCGGAGGCUCCUAUUCCAGCCCCUACGCUUACGUGAGCCCGGAGAUGGCGACGUCCUCCUGGACGCCAGGACCCUUCGAGAGCGGGGUGAUCAGUCUGCAGGGCCGGCAGGGCGGUCUCUCUGGAAGACGGUCCAGUCUGGACCUGAUGGACGACAUGGCCGCUGAGGGCAGAGAGUGCGUCAACUGCGGCUCCGUGUCCACGCCGCUGUGGCGCAGGGACGGCACCGGACAUUACCUGUGCAACGCCUGCGGCCUCUACCACAAGAUGAACGGCAUCAACAGGCCGCUCAUCAAACCACAGAAACGACUGCAGACCACGCCCCGCCGAGCCGGCCUGUGCUGCACUAACUGCCACACCAGUACCACCACGCUGUGGAGGCGCAACGCAGAGGGAGAACCUGUCUGUAACGCCUGUGGCCUCUACAUGAAACUGCAUGGGGUGCCUCGUCCUCUGGCCAUGAAGAAAGAGAGUAUUCAAACCAGAAAGCGCAAACCCAAGAUGCCCAAGAAUAAAACAUCCACAGGAGGAUCCUCCACCUCUGACACCAGCUCCCCAACCUCCCUCUCAGUCUCAGAACAUGCCUCCACCAUCAAGAGCGAACCCAACAUGGCCCCUUCACCCUAUGCUGGACAGACGGUCACAUCUGCCACUCAGACGGCUUCUCAGUUAGACAGCACAGGAUCAGGACACGUGGACAUUAAAUACGAGGAUUAUCCUUUUGCCCCGACCUCCAUGGCUCCACACAACUCCUGGUGCGCUCUGUCUCAAGCUUGAGCGGCCUCGAACCAACAGGACUGCCGCACCGACAGCACGCAGCUCACUUUGGCUUCAGCACGGAGGCCGUCUUCUCUGUCCUGUGAUUCUGGAGCUGUGCAGAAACACUGUUGUAUCAGCAUUAAAAAGGGGGCUCACGCAGUAUCUGAUGGCUGCAUGUGUUCACACUCACUUAACUGAGGACUUCUAAUCUGCUGGCUGUAUCACGUACCGGGCCCCUGUGACAGACGGGCUCAACGCAGCUCACCGGGACCAUGCUUUAACUUAACAAGGACAUACGGUACCUGGGCGGCAGUUUUACAAAAGGAUGAGUGUGUGUUAUCCCCUGCACACCGACCCGGUGACCCAGAGCUGACCCCAGCUCUCCUGGAUUUCCUCAGCGCGCAACAAAAACUACCUAUUGCUAAAAGAAAUCUCUAUUUUUGGAGAAACACUAAACCAAAUAUAUCAAUGCAAAGACAAUCAAGUGGAAUGUAAAAAAAACACAGUAACUCUUUGAAUAGCGGAUAACCAAUUUUUUGUGAUGUUUUCAUUGUUUUUUGUGGCGUUUUCAAGAACAUAACAACAACACUUUCAUCCUUUCUUUUUUUUGUCAUCGCAGAAUGAAACCUGUAAAAUGGGCAGAAAAAUACCUUUUUUAUUGCUGUCGAACACGUCUCAUUACCAACAUGUAGAUGAUUAACUUUUAUAGACACAUUAUUUAUGUUGAGAUAAGGACAGUUAAAAGUCAUGGCGGACACUAAAACCAGCUGGUUGUAACCCACCGCUCACUGUUGUGGAUCGGCCGCUGUGCCGUGUGGCCUCUGAGCCACGACACUUAGAUUAUAUGCGUGAUUUGUUUGUACAAGAUACGGCGGAUAUAAACUUGUAUCUCAUGAGAUUUGUUUUGUUUUGUUUUUUUUUUUUAAAUCAGGACUGGUUGUUUUGAUUCUGACAUCAUGGCGACAUAUCAGAAAGCUUAUCAUUUUACUGUUUUAACAUUUGACAUUAAAUAAAGUGCAAUGACUCCAUUUUUUUCUUUCCAAAAGUUGAAGGCAAAACACAGAAAUUAUUCUAAACAUAUUAAUCUAAUUUUAUUGUCUGUAUUUUGCCAAUAUGUAAGGGAAUUUUAUUGUUAUACUGUUCUGAAGAACUCUCUGUUCUCUCUGUUUUCGAUGCUCUUUGGAAUCUGUUCAGGUUAAUAAAGUGAUUCACAUUUUAUAUAAUUGAUAAAUGAAAA